UCAGCAGAUAUCACGUUCCCAUGCUGGAUCGCUUGGGCUUAACACAGCAUCGUUCUCAAUUGCUUUGUGGAUGUUGAAGACAAGAUGUCGCUUCAUGUGCUCGCCAGUCUGGUAUUCUGUCUUAGUGUUUCGAGACUGAAGUACACACAUGGUGAAAGCAUUGCGUUUGGCAAACUUGCCAAACAAAGUUCUACUUAUAUUGCCAACCGAAGGUAUUAUUAUCUUGCAUAUCCUGCGAGCCAGGCCAUCAAUCCAGUCUACUGGAUGACAGGGUCGUAUACAAACUAUGGCAACCCAUCCUGGUGGGAGGUGGACCUGAGGGGCUACUACAGUAUCAGCAACAUCACCCUCACAGCAGCAUACAAUGGAUGGCAUACAUACAUGGCAAAUGCCUACGUGGAAGUUAUGGACAAAGAUAUCAGCCUCUGCUCUGAUGUCAAGGUGGAGUGGUGUGGAAAUGUGUCCAGCACCGUUGCCAGUGGGGAGAAGUUCAACUUCACCUGCAAUGCCACAUUCCCCAUCCGCUUCGUACGUGUCACAAGACGAACUACAGGAAAUAAUUAUUUAGGUAUCGGCCAAGUUGAUGUUCAAGGUGUCGGGGCUACAAAGCGAUACCGUUCCUACUACACGCCCACAACAAACAGGAAGGUGUCCAUCCCAUCCUUGACUACAUCAGCCGUAACAGCCGGGCAAUGUGGCAUCCUUUGUCACCAAAACCAUUCAUGUAUCGACUUCAGCUACAGCAAAACUGCAUCGACUGACGCUAACUGUCUGCUAUCCAACAAGGAAGUGCCUCAGAAUUCUGUGGCAAACAAUGCCUGGACCAUGUACACCCUGAACAACUGCCUGUAAACACCUGUUAUAAGGUUAAAAAUGCAACUCAAAAACAUUAGAAAAUGGUUACCGUUAUAGCUGCAAUGAGGAGUUGCAUUAGAUAUAGUUUGUGACAGAAAUUUUAGUUUGAAAGGAAUCAAUAGAUAACAGACAUUUCACAUUUAUCACAAGUGUAUUUUGGACAUUUCAUAAUUAUCAUUGGAUUGGUUCCUGGUUAUCGUCCAUGAGUCACAAAAUCAAUAGAGAGAUGAGCAAUCUGGCACGUAGGCUUCUGUAUUUUUCCGAUUACGACACACAUGAGUUCAUGGUCAGAUCUAACUUUUAACGAAUCAAAAUGAGGUAUUGUGACAUGUGACAAAGACAGGCCAGGCCCGAUCACUAUAAAAUGACACCUUCAACAUUAGGAGAGGAGAGCGCGGUUUGCAAUCGAUCGAGUCGAAUCCCGAUCGUUCUAAGUUUCCCUAGUUAGUGACGAGUCUGGCCGGCUUGAUCCUUUCCUGUAUUUAUAGAUGGGCUGAGAGUAAGUAAA